AUGAGUUUAUGGUCCUCAAGCUUUGAUUGCAUUGAAGAAAUCAACAACAUUGGCCGCUAUUUUGAAGGUCUCAAAUUUAUUGAGAUCAAGUCAAUGUCUUUUUAUUGGUCUUUUUAUAAAGUUGAUAAACAUCAUGAGCCAAAACCAAAAGUGGAGCUUCUCAAGGAAUUAUCAGAAAUUUCAAAUUAUUUUCAGCACAUUUUGGAUGAAUAUAAGGCUGUUCUCUCCAAUGACGGUUUGAAGGAAGAUUGUAGUGAGAUUUUUGAAUUAGGUGAACUGAAGGAUACCUGUGAAAAGCGAAUCUCACAGGUCAUUGGAUAUGUAUCCAAUUCCAAAAUCUAGGCCACAAAAUUAUUAUACU